AUGUCCAUCAUUGAAGACAUCCUAUUGGUUUCGAAAUUACCAAUUGAAAACAGCAACUAUUCAGUGAUAAAGUUAGAUAACGAUGCUAGUGAAAAUGGGACAUUUUCAGUGGAAGAGAUAGAUGCCAUCUUAUUAUAUCAAUUAACCGAGAAUGAAUACAUAAACAAUCCCUUGCAAUAUUUAAAUAACUGUUUUCAACGAUGCCAACAAUUUAAGAGGAUAAAUAGGAACAAUCCUUCAAAUGAAGUGGCGUUGCAGGAGAUCGAUCGUCUAGUCAUCGGAUAUGGUCUUGUUAUUUUACAGAUCGAGGGCUUUACCAUGAAUGGUAAUUUAAAAUCCUAUUUGAAAGAUUUAAUUGCAAAUUAUACAAAUUAUUCUGAUUUCCUUUCACAGAUAUGUAAGAGAUCUAUUAUCGAAUCCUCAGAAUUUGAAUUAAUUAAUUAUUUUUUCACUGAAUUACAUGCUUUUGUCAGAAAAGACAUUAUCAAGUUUAAUUUGAACGACAAUAAAAUGUACGAUGCCAUUUUGAGUAUAUUUGAAUUAUUUGUAUCAUUUAAACAAAUUGCUGCUGUUUUUACAAAAAUUGAUAACUUUGUUAGUAAUUGUUAUGCAUUAAAGGCUAACCAAUUUGAAAGCCAGACUUUAUUGGGCCCAAUACUAUCUUUGUCACCAUUAAGCAUCGAUGUGGCAUUAAGAAAUUAUGGUGACGACUUAUUAUUGGAAAAAAGUCAGCAGCAAGUUAAUAUGUUACAUUCUUCUUUACAAGCUGAACAUAAAGUUGUAAUAGAAAGAUUAUUUCAUAUUAUUGAUAAGAUAAUAAGAGGUUCUGUUGAGUCUAGAAAUGACUUAUUAAGUUACUUCGGAGCUGUUGUAAAUAAAAAUCAUUUACGUAGAGGUGAUCAUGCAAAUUCGGCUACUUUAGCUUCCAAUGGCUUUAUGUCAAACAUUACCAUAAUACUAGUAAGGUUUUCUCAACCGUUCCUGGACACAACUUAUAACAAAAUUGAUAAAAUUGACGUUAACUAUUUUAACAAUUUGAAUUUGUUUAUUGAUUUAACAGAUGAAACUAGAGUCAAUAGUGAUUAUAAAGAGGCUGAUGAAUUCUACGAUCAAUCUAGAAAAAAUAAUGGCGAAGAAAAUGCCAACUGCAAGCCAAACUUUAUUUCAGAUUGCUUUUUUUUAACAUUAACAUACCUGCAUUAUGGGAUUGGAGGAGCUUUAUUAUAUGAUGAAAAAAUAACACCACAAAUCAAAAGACUGAAACAAGAGAUAGAAAGAAUUAAGAAAUUAAUUGAAACUCAACCAAUGUUUGCAAAUUUCGCCAAUGUUCAAUUAAAGGAAAUGGAAAAAAACUUAAACAUAAUUCAAAGCUUGAAAUUGUCUUUGAAAGGUUUUUUUUCUCAUAAAGAAUUGCAAACUGAAGUAUUUGAUUUCAUCUGUGGUGCUUCUACUUUCUUUAUUAGAGUUAUUGAUCCAAAACAUCUAUUUCCAUUUGAAAUGAUUAACUUACCAUUAAUUCCAGAUCAAGUAGGUAUCGAGAAUGUAGACAAUGCAGAGUACCUCAGAGAACGUGCACCAGUACCAUUCAAAUAUUAUCCUGAAUUUGUCAUUGAAGGGCCAAUUAAUUAUUCCUUGUACAUUGCACAAUAUAACUCGUCACCGUUAUUCAGAAAUUCACGUAUACAUUCAUUUUUAGAAUUUGCAACAAUGAUUUUACGUUGCCCUGAGAUUGUAUCCAAUCCUCAUUUAAAAGGUAAAUUAGUUCAAUUACUGAGUGCUGGAUCAAUGCCUGCAACUGAUAACUCCCCAGGUUUUAUGAUGGAUAUUUUUGAACAUAAUGAAUUAAUAUCGAAAAAUUUAUUAUAUGCCCUAUUGGACUUCUAUGUUAUUGUCGAAAAAACUGGUUCUUCUUCUCAAUUUUACGAUAAAUUCAAUAGUAGAUAUAGUAUAUCUAUUAUACUGGAGGAAAUUUAUACUAAACUUCCAACAUUUAAGGAACAGCUAAUAUUCUUGUCUAAGAAUAAUUCAGAUUUUUUUGUCAGAUUUGUUGCUAGAAUGUUAAAUGAUUUGACAUUCCUAUUAGAUGAAGGUUUAACUAAUUUAACUGAGGUGCAUAGUAUUCAAAAUGAGAUCGAUAAUAGAAGUAAAGGAUUACCACGCUCAAGAGAAGAAGAAGAUACCGAAUUAGAAAAGAAGUUGGCAGCAGCUGAAAGGCAAGCUAAGUCAUCCUGUGGAUUGGCAGCAAAAUCAAUGUCAUUAUUUGAAAUAUACUCGAAGGAUAUUCCAAAUGCAUUUGUAAGUCCUGAAAUUGUUGGUAGAUUGGUUAGUAUGUUAGAUUACAAUUUAGCAUCAUUAGUUGGCCCAAAAUGUGGUGAAUUAAAAGUUAAAGAUCCUCAAAAGUAUUCAUUUGAUCCAAAAAAUCUUUUGAAAACAUUGAGUACAGUUUUUGUUCACUUAUCAGACGAAGAUAGCUUUAUUGAUGCAGUUGCAAAAGAUGGCAGAUCUUUCCAAAGAGAUCUAUUUACUAGAGCUGUUCAUAUUUUAGGCAGAAAAACUGGAUUAGCGGACGAAGAAUUUUGUAUGAAGUUGAUAACCUUUGCCAACAAUGCUGAAGAAAGAAGACUAGCCGAUGAAGAAGAAGAUCAAGAGUACGGUGAGAUUCCAGAUGAAUUUUUGGAUCCUUUGAUGUAUACAAUUAUGAAGGAUCCUGUGAUAUUACCAACCUCAAAAGUAAACAUUGAUAGAAGCACAAUCAAGGUACAUCUAUUAAGUGAUUCUACUGACCCAUUUAAUAGAACCCCUUUGAAGUUAGAAGAUGUUAUUCCUAACGAAGAGCUAAGGCAAAAAAUCAUUCAAUUCAAGAAAGAUAAAAAGGAGGGAAAAUGA